AUGAGAGAAAGAAGAUCUAACGAUGAAUUUCGUUUGUUGGACAAUAGAAGACGAGCAAAAUCUCAUAAAGCUGAACGACAAAAUAAUGAAUUUAAAACUCAAGAAAAUGAAAGAAGAGCAGAAGCUCUUAAAAUUUCACGAGAAAAUGAUGAAUUUAAAAUAGAAGAUAAUAAAAGAAGAGCAGAAGCUCUUAAAAUUUCACGAGAAAGUAAUGAAUUUAAAAUAGAAGAUAAUAAAAGAAGAGCCGAAGCUCAUAAAACUGAACGACAAAGCGAUGAAUUUAAAACACAAGAUAAUAAAAGAAGAGCAGAAGCUCUUAAAAUUUCACGAGAAAGUGAUGAAUUUAAAACAGAAGAUAAUAAAAGAAGAGCCGAAGCUCAUAAAACUGAACGACAAGAUGAAGAAUUCAGAACAGAAGAAAAUAAACGAAGAGCCGAAGCUCAUAAAAUUGAACGACAAAAUGAUGAAUUCAAAGAAGAAGAGAGAAGAAGAAAUGCACUAAGAAUGUACAACAGUAGAGAUAAAUAUAAAAAUAAUUUUGAUGCUAUGAAAUCAAAUUAUGAAUCAAAUAUAAAGGAAGGGCCUACUCAUAUUUGUAGUUGUUGUGGUGGUUUAUGGUUUGCGUAUUCAAUCAGAGAAUAUACGAUUGAGAUGUUAGCAAACAAAGGCUUAAAAACAGAAUUUAUCAAUACAGUUUGUUAUCUAAAGCAUGCGAUCAUUAAAUUAUGUGCCACUUGUCGAAAGGACAUCAUGUCGAAUAAAAUACCUAAUAUCGCUCUAUCUAAUGGUUUAGCAUUCUAUGAAAUACCGGAUUGCUUGAAAACGUUGACUGAAUUAGAAGAAAGAUUGAUAUCACCAAGAAUUCCUUUUAUGGUGAUUCGAACUUUAGGUUUUUCUAAACAAUUUGGUCUCAAAGGUAAUUUAGUAAAUGUUCCCAUGAACGUCGAUACAAAUGUUUCAAUAUUACCUAGAAGUUUUAGUGAUACUUACACGAUUCAAUUGAAACUGAUGAGACAAAUGAAAAAUAAAAAUGCUUUUAUGUAUGAAACCAUUCGACCAAAAGUCGUACAUACAGCUAUUAAAUAUCUUGUUGAACAAGAACUAUAUAAGGAUGAAGGUAUUGUUAUAUCUAAUGAUUGGAUUAAAGAGUAUCCCAAUGAAAAAGAAAAUUUCAUAGUGAAAAACGAAGAUAAAAAGUUUAAUGAGACUGAAAAUACGGGAGAAGACUCUGAUCAUGAUGAUAAUUGGAAUGAAAGUGAUGAUAAACCAAUUAAUCCAGUAACUACUGAAACGUUGUUGAAUGAUGAGACCGAGGAUCAAAAUGAUACUGGUAUUAAAUUUGCUCCAGGUGAGAAUAACAGACCGAUAUCUGUUCUAAUGGACUUGAAAGUCGAUGAGUUAACAUUUCCAAAAAUCUAUUGUGGAAAACAACGAAAAAUUAAAGAAAAUGUCAAACUAACGUAUGCUAAAAUUGCUAAGUCAGAAUUAAGAAUGUUUGAUAGAAGAUGUGGUAGAGUGUCAAAACUCUUUUUCACAUAUAAGAAACUACAAACGAGAAAAUUCGUUGAUGCUAUAUCAAUAAAUUUGCGAAAAACAAAAAAUACGAAAAACGUAACUGUUAACCAAAUGCUUAAUCGAGAUUAUGUAAAUGGAUUAGUACAUAAUGAUGAUGCUUUUGCAUUCUUAAGAUUUGAUCGAUCUUCACCAGCAUUCUGGGAACUAAAAAAGAAAGAACUUAUGGCCAUGAAUAGGCAAUUAGAAUGUGCAACAAUAUUUUUAACAUUAUCAGCUGCUGAAACACAGUGGUCAGAACUUCUUGUCAUAUUGACUCAAGUGUUAGAAAAUAAAGUAAUAACAUUAGAAGAAGCACAAAAUUUGAGCUAUGAGAAGAGAUGCGAAUUGAUAAGACAAGAUCCGGUAACAUGUGUUCGCUAUUUUGAACAUAAAUUAAAAUGUUUAUGGGAAAUAUUAUCAGCUCCUUGUGGUCCAUUUCAAGGAUAUGAACUAGUUGAUAAAUAUGUCAGAACUGAAUUUCAAGUUCGUGGUUCACCACAUGUUCAUGCUUUAUUGUGGUUAAAGAAUGCUCCGAAAUAUGACAAAAAUAAUCCUGAAUCAAUUGAAAGAUGUGUAGAAUUUAUCGAUAAAUUGAUUUCGGUUAGUUCUCAGCCAACCGAAUGUUCUGAAGAACUUAUCAGUUUACAACGUCAUAAGCACUCACAUACUUGUAAACAACAUUUAAACGGUUGUAUAAUAUGUCGUUUUGGUAUUCCAUAUUUUCCGAUGAGUAAAACGAUGAUAUUAGAACCAUUUAGUGACGAUGAAAAGCUCUCUAAAAAAGAACGUGAAGAGAUAAGUAAGAGUAGACAGAAUGUAAAAGAAGAACUCGACAGAAUAUCAAAAGAUAAAGAUAAUUCAUUAACUUUUGAAGAAUUUUUGAAAAAAAUUAAUAUGAAUGAAGAACAGUAUAUUAAAAUGAUUCGAGCUGGAUUGAAAAAGGCGAAAGUAUUCUUAAAGCGUGCUCCAAAUGAGACCCGAAUCAAUGCAUACAAUCCAAUGAUAAUGUCAUUGCACAGAGCAAAUAUGGACAUUCAAUAUAUUCUUGAUCCAUAUGCAUGCCUAAAGUACUGUGUUGAAUACAUCAACAAAUCUGAAAAUGGAAUGUCUAAGCUUCUAAGGGAAGCAUUGAACGAGCUAAAAAAAGGCAAUCACACAGUCAAAGAGCGUCUUAGAGUUAUUGCAAAUAAGUUUUUGAAUUCAAGUGAAAUUUCAGCACAAGAAGCUGUUUAUCAUAUUUUAAGUAUUCCACUUUCCGUCAGUAGCAGGAGUACUGUAUUUAUUAAUACAAAUAGACCCGAAAAUAGAAUUUCUAUGCUCAAAUCAGAUGAAAUUCUUCAGAAACUGGAGCCUGAUUCAAAAGAUGUUUUUGUUGAAGGUUUAAUUGACAUGUACGUUAAUAGACCAGACGAAAUGAAAGAUGUUUGUUUGGCUGAUUUUGCUUCCUUGUAUAAUGUGUCAAAGAGAAAAACAGAUAAUGCUCUAAUAGCAGAGAAUUCUGAUGAUGAAGAUAUUACUGAAAAUGAUAAUGAUGAAAAAAUUACUGCUUUCCGGAUGAAAAAUGGAAAAAGUUGGAUCAAAAAAAGAACAAAGAAAAAAAUAAUAAGAUACAGAUACUUUAAGUUACACCAAGAUCCUGAAAACUACUACAGAGAGCAGUUGAUGCUUUUUCUACCAUGGAGUAAUGAAGAAGAAGAUCUUCUAUCUAUAAACCAUGAAGAGACAUUUGAAUUACAUAAAGAUUUAAUUCAACAGAAAAGAUCUGAAUAUGUUCAUCGUGAAGCCAGUGAAUUUGAAAAAGCUUUUGAAGAGCAUAUGGAAAGAGAAGAUGAGAAUGAUAUUGAUGAUACAAAUAUUGAAUAUGAUCAAGAUAAGAAUGAAUUCCUUAUUUAUGAAAUAGGAAAUAAUGAAGGCGAUAUCUUUGUUGAAAUGGGACUAAAGACCCAAACUGAAAAAGUUGAGAAUUUUAAUGUUCCCAAAGUAAUACCAGAUACUGAAUAUCAGCAAAUGAUGAGAAGUCUCAAUAAUAAUCAAAGAAGAUAUACUUUGAAUGUGAUGAAUUUGAUAAAAAAUGGAGAUAAGCAAUUUUUUCAUUUUAUUAAUGGCGGCGCAGGCGUUGGAAAAAGUACUUUGAUCAAAGCAAUAUAUCAGUCGAUACUGAGAUUUUAUAAUUCUCUUCCUGGAUGUAAUCCAGAAACUAUUCGUACUGCACUCUGUGCGCCAACUGGUAAAGCUGCAGCACUAAUUGAUGGAAUGACUUUACAUUCAUUUUUAAGUUUACCAGUUAAUCAAUGCAAACAUAAACUCGUUCAAUUAAAUAGCGAUAUUUCGAACAGAAUAGGAGUGAAAUUGAAAGACUUGCAAUUAUUAAUAAUAGAUGAAAUAUCAAUGGUUGGUUUUACAAUGUUUCAGCACAUCGAUGCACGUUUGCAGCAAAUAAUGAGAACAAAAAAGCCAUUUGGUGGAAUAUCAGUCAUGGUUUUAGGCGAUUUCAAUCAAUUAAGACCAGUUGGCGAUAAAUACAUAUUCCAGUUUAAUAAUUCAUAUAAUGCUUUAGUAGAUAGUUCAUUAUGGUCACUAUUUGAAUUGUUUGAAUUGACAGAAAUAAUGAGACAAAAGGAUGAUAAAACUUUUGCCAUUGCAUUAAGUAACUUAGCUAAAGGAACGAUGACAGCUGAAGAUAUUCAUCUGUUACAGUCACGAAUUGUUUCAACUGAAAAUUUAGAAACGAUUGGAGAUGCAAUAAGAAUAUUUAGAAGUAAUGCUGAAGUUGAUGCAUAUAAUAGAAUAGUAUUGUCUAGACUUAAUACCGAAGGUGCAAUCGCUAAUGCUUAUGAUUAUUGUGUUGGUGAUGGACUUCCAUCAAUAAGAGAAAAAGUUCUAAAUAAUGUAAAGAAUCUGAAAACAACUGAAACUUACGGUUUACCACUUGAAAUUGAUUUGAAAGUGGGCGCUAAGUAUAUGAUGACAGUGAAUAUUGAUAUUGAAGAUGGAUUAGUAAAUGGUGCUUGUGGAAAAUUGAUAGCGAUUGAUUAUGGAAAACUUCAAAAGACAAAUGAAACAGUACCAUGUCGACUAUGGAUUAAAUUUAAUGAAGAGAAGACUGGACGAAAGGCUAGAGCUAACUUUCAUAAUGUAAUGCGAAAUAGAAAUAUUGAUCUCAGUCUCACACCAGUUGAACCAGUAGUACGACAAAUAAAUACAAAAUCAACUAAUUUCAAAGUAGAGCGUAAACAGUUUCCUUUAGUUCCUUGUGAAGCUAUGACUAUAUAUAAAAGUCAAGGUGGUACUUAUGAAAAAGUUGUUGUCAAUCUAAAGAAAGGGAUGACAAGAUCUGAAUUAUACGUCUCUUGUAGUCGUGCAACAAAAUCAAUUGGUUUAUAUUUAAUUGGCGAUUUUGUUCCACCAAAACCACCUGAACCUAAAGAUGCAGUAGCGAUGAUGUUUAAAAAUAUGAGAUCUGAACGAAUGCUCAAAUUUUCACUUGAAUUUCCAGAAGAAUCUCAAGAAGAACGAUUUUUCGUGAUGUUUCACAAUGUACAAUCGUUGAAUAAACAUAUUUUCGAUGUCAGAUCUGACAAAACAUUUUUAUCUGCUUCCAUGAUAAGUCUUGUUGAAACAUGGACAAAACCUAGUGACUCAUUGGAGAUUGAAGGUUUUAAAAUAAUUCACAGACGUGAUUGCAAUGAUAUACGAAAACCAUUCGGUCAAAUUACUUAUUUAAAAAAUGAUUUGACAUAUGAAAAUAUCACCGAAAAAUAUGAAUAUUCAGGCAAAAACCAUAUUGAAUAUUCUUCAAUAAAAAUUGAUGAUAUUUGUAUUAUUUCCGUUUACAAUUCACCAAAUUCAUCAUUUGAUGUCUUAAAGCGACAUAUGAAUGAAGCGAUAACUAUUUCAAAAGGAUUUUGUGAAAAUAUAAUUGUCGUUGGUGAUUUUAAUAUAAAUUUGAAAGUCAAAACCAAUAACAAAUUUAUUGAAUACAUGAAAUCAUUCGGAUUUAAUUUGAUUAAUAAAUUAAAUAAAAGCUCAACUAAUGCAAAAACACAGAUUGAUUGUUGCUUUACUAAUGUGAAAGGCUUAAAGUCUGAUUAUUUUGAAAGUCUUACAAGUUUUCAUAAACCAAUAUGGAUAAGAAAACAUGAAGUUGUGAGUAAGUUUCAUUUUGAUGAAACCGAAGAUAUUCAUACAAAUACGCUUUUCAAUAUCGAUGAUGCUAUAAUUGAUGAUCAAUCUGACGUGAUGGAAGUCGACGAGGAGUUCUCCUCCGAUCAUCAUGAAACAGUCGAUAAAAACGAACAAAUUGACUUAGAUAUGUCUUUUCAAUUGGAAGAUCUUAAAGUUAAUGAUCCAUCUGAUAUGAUGGAAAUUGAAGAACAAUCUUUUUCCGAAGACUACGAAAUCAUUGAUUCAAAGUCAAGAAAGAUUCUAAAUCACUUUCUUUGUGCACUUGAGUUUGAUAAUAUUACAGAUUCUAAUCAAAUUUCAAGUCAAACUCAAAUAAUCAAUGACUUGAUUAAAAAAUUACCAUUUAUAACCAUAUAUAAUAGAGACAAAUCCGUUCGGUUAAUAUCAGCAGAAUAUUCUGUUCAAGCGUUCGAUUCAGUUUAUGCUAGAACUUGCACGACUGCAGAUGGCAAUUGUUUAUAUAGUUCCCUUUCUAUAUUGCAUAUAGGAUCUGAAAAACUAACUCAUUCGAUGAGAUUGUUGGCAGUCAAUGCAAUGCUGAAUAAUAGCGAUUAUUUUCAAAGACUUUGUACAGUAUUGUGGUAUUCAUUUGAGGAACAGUUGAUAAAAACUGCUACGAAUACAAAAUGGGGUGGAGAAGUUCAAAUUCAGGCGCUCUCUAUGGCUCUCUCUCAUCCUAUCUAUUCAUAUAUUAAGUUUAUUAACGAUCCAGAACGUACACAAUAUAUUCAUUCGAACAUUAGUCUACAGGAAUUAAUCGAUCGAUUUAAUAAAGGGACAGCAGGUGGUCAUCUAAAAUAUACAGGAUACAAAUCCGACAGGAAUAAACUAGGAUUUUGUGUUUACUAUAAUGGUAUUCAUUAUGAUGCUCUUUUACCCUUUCGAAAUAAUCCUCAACAGUUUGUACCGCACUUUGAUAUAAUUAACAUGAGUUUAUAA